AUGUCUUCAGGGUAUAUCCGGUACCUGCUGUUUGCUCUCGUUGGGUUGGCAAUUUUAGGCUUCAUCUCGAGAUCAUCAUUGCCUCUGCCCGAGAGGUACGACUCCAGCCUUCUUUCCACCAAGGGCAAGGGCCAGGAACCCGUUAAUACCGUUAAUACUGGUGGCACUGUUAAUACUGGCAACACCGUUAAUACCGUGGACACAAGCCACCAAAGCCCGGCCAUCUCCCAGCCCCAGUCUCUGACUCCAUCCGGUGACCGUGUCAAUGCGACUUUUGUGACGCUGGCGCGAAAUAGCGAUGUCUGGGAUAUCGCAAAGUCUAUCCGACAGGUUGAGGAUCGCUUCAACCGAAACUACCAUUACGAUUGGGUUUUCUUGAAUGACAAACCCUUUGACGACACGUUCAAGAAAAUCACAACUUCUUUGGUGUCAGGGACUACUCACUACGGAAUAAUCCCCCCGGACCAUUGGUCAUACCCUGAUUGGAUUGAUCGGGACAAGGCCAAGAAAGUGCGUGAGGACAUGAAGGAACGCAAAAUCAUCUACGGAGAUUCAGAGAGCUACCGCCACAUGUGUCGUUAUGAGUCUGGGUUCUUCUUCCGCCAUGAGCUAAUGCUCAACUAUGAGUUCUACUGGCGCGUGGAGCCCAGCAUUCAGCUGUUCUGCGACAUUUCCUUUGACCCGUUUAGAUACAUGAAGGAGAACAACAAAAAGUACAGCUUCGUGCUCAGCUUGUACGAGUAUUUCGACACCAUUCCCACACUUUGGGACAGCGUCCAGAAGUUCAUGUCCGCCAGUCCCCAGCACAUUGCGGAAGACAACUCGAUGGGCUUUUUGAGCGACGAUGGCGGGAAAACAUACAACAAGUGCCACUUUUGGUCCAACUUUGAGGUCGGCAGUUUGGAGUGGUUGAGAUCUGAUGCAUAUAUCGACUACUUCAACUCUCUCGACAAAGAUGGCGGGUUCUUCUACGAGCGAUGGGGUGACGCCCCUGUGCAUUCGAUUGCUGCGGGUCUUCUUCUGAAGAAGGAAGAAAUCCACUUCUUCAAUGAAAUCGCCUACUACCACGUCCCAUUCACCCACUGCCCAACUGGCGAGCAGACACGACUUGACUUGAAAUGCCAUUGCAAUCCCUCGGAGAACUUUGACUGGAAGGGCUACUCUUGCACAUCCCGCUACUUCCAGAUCAACGAUAUCCCAAAGCCUGAGGGCUACGAAAAAGAAGAAAAUUGA